AAAGAAAGAAAGAAAAAGAGCGCAAUCUAGCGGCGCGGUUCCGUCUCUGUCACCGUCGGGACUCCGCCGCGGCGACGCGCGCGCCUGCCGCCGCUAACCUGAUGCCGCGCGGCCACGGGGGGCACCACCACGCGAUCCACCGCCGCGGCCGCCUCCUUCUCCCGCUCGCCGCGGCGGCGGCCGCGCUCCUGCUCCUCGCGCUGCUCGCCCUCCGCCCGGCCGCGCCGCCCGCCGGCGCCGGGGGCCCCGCCUCGCUCCUGCGCGCGGCCGUCGCGGCGCACCCGUCGCCGGCCGCGUACGAGCGGCCCUGCGCCAACCACCUCGCCCUCUCCCUGCGCCGCCUCCGCGCCGCGCUGGCCUCGCUCGAGGCCGGCGACGUCCCCGCCGCGCUCCACCUCGCCUCCGCCUCGCUCCAGUGCCAGUACGACUGCUCCCACCUCCUCUCGCUCCCCGCCUUCCGCUCCCACCCGCUCACCUCCCGGUUCCUCAACUCCCUUGCGCCGCGAAGCCUAACCGCUGCCCCUAAACAUUUCUCCGCCGCCGCCUCAGCUCCCGCAUUCCCGGCGAGGAUCCGCCCGGACGCCACGGUCUGCAAGCCGAAUCCCGGGGCGAAGCCGUGCACCUACUCAACCGUGCAAGCUGCCGUGGACGCGGCGCCGAACUACACCGCUGGCCACUUCGUCAUCGCCGUCGCAGCAGGUACAUACAAGGAAAAUGUCAUAAUUCCAUACGAGAAGACCAACAUUUUGUUGCUGGGGGAGGGCGUUGGGGCUACUGUGAUCACCGCAUCACGGAGCGUGGGGAUUGAUGGGCUUGGAACAUUUGACACUGCGACAGUCUCCGUGAUUGGUGAUGGCUUCCGCGCAAGGGAUGUAACAUUUGAGAACAAUGCCGGUGCGGGAGCUCAUCAGGCUGUGGCGUUCCGGUCAGACAGUGACCGGUCAGUGCUAGAGAAUGUAGAGUUCCGUGGGCACCAGGAUACGCUGUAUGCUCGCACGAUGCGGCAGCUGUAUCACCGGUGCCAUAUCAUUGGGACAGUGGACUUUAUUUUUGGGAAUGCUGCAGUUGUAUUUGAGGAAUGCGUGAUUAAGACUGUGCCGCGGGCAGAGGGAGCUCGGAAGAGUGCACGGAAUGUGGUGGCGGCGAAUGGGAGGAUUGAUCCCGGGCAGACGACAGGGUUUGUGUUUAGUAAUUGUACUGUGGAUGGGAAUAAAGAGUUUGUGGAAUUGUUCCAGACAAAGCCACAGUCAUACAGACUGUAUUUGGGGCGUCCAUGGAAGGAGUAUGCCAGGACACUGUAUGUCAGGUGUUAUCUGGGGAAGGUUAUCAGGCCAGAGGGAUGGCUUCCUUGGCGAGGGGAUUUUGCGGUCAGGACACUGUAUUACGGAGAGUUUGAUAGUCGAGGCCCUGGUGCAAACCGCACGGCAAGGGUUGAGUGGAGCAAUCAGACACCAGAAAAGCAUGCCAAACUCUAUUCAGUGGAGAACUUUAUUCAAGGCCAUCAGUGGAUUGCAUACUAACUACAGUGUGAAUCGAAAGCUUAGAUCAUUACUUGCUGUCUUGUUGGCCAGUUCAACUACAUGAUGUGAACUUUUUUCUGGUAACCCCUUGAGUCCUUAUUCUGAGAUUCUGAAGUCACAUGUGUUUCUUGUUAGAAAAUCCAAGCUGAUGUGAUUCAUCCUCCUGCUUAAGUACAUCCGUACCUUUUUGUAUGCAUAUGUUAGUUGCAUUAUUUUUGUAAUUACAUUGCCCCUUCAAUAGUGUAAAUACUUAACUUGUGACAGAGUAUGAUGGAACCUCUUUUACUUUCUUUACUCGUCUCA